CCCACGGGGACGAAGUCGCGGGCAACAGCUAGUAAUGAAAUAAAAUAUCGCAAUUCAAUGACUUUCUUAGACUAGAGAAGACAGUUGCUAAUAUAAUUCUAUUGAAAUUGACAUGUAUCCUAAAUAUUUUUCUUGUUAGAAUAACCUUAACGAAUUUGCAAUUUAUAAAGUGUUUAUUCGUCACGACAAUUAAGUUUAAUUAUUUCGAAUAAGGGGUUGAUUUGUUCACAAAGCCAUCCAGGCAAGUCUUGCCGCAAUUCGUAGCCGUCGAGUCUUUCGCGCGACGCGUCGAUUAGCACUGCUUACACAAUUCCUUAUAUAAAACUGCUGCACCAUCAAUGAUGUUGUCAAUAUUAGAAGUACAGCACUCUGUAACACACACCGCGCAAUAUUAACAGCCUCGCAAUAUGAGGGUUGUUUUUAUUUUAGGAUUUUUAACCCUCUUGGCUGUGGUACAAACGCGACGGAUACCUUUACGGCAAAUUGAGCAAUCUAAAGAAGCAUUAGAAACGGACCAAGUGCCAGCUGCCACUGGACACAAGAAGGAGGCACCCAAAAAUCAUGAAUACAAAAAGGGAGGAGGUAAAGAACAUCAUUCUGAGCACAAAGAUGAACAUGACGAGAAAGGUGUAAAAGGCUAUAAGGGCCACCACCAUCACGAGAAAGGCGAAAAAGGCCAUCAUGAUAAGGAACACCAUAAGGGUGAGUAUGACGAUCACAGCGGCCAUAAAAAGGAGCACCAUCACAAAGAUGGCCACUAUGACGAGCAUCACAAAGGUGAAAAAGGAGAAAAGGGUCAUAAAUAUGAAGAAAAGGGACACUAUAAUAAGGGUCAUUCAACUAAAGGACAUCACGAAAUACACAAACUUGAUGAGUUCAAAAAAGAUAAACACUUCUUUGAUGAAGAUGGUGAUUCCGGCCACGAGGAGAAACAUGGUGGUUUCCACGAGGAGCAUGGUCACAAGAAGGGUGGACACUUCCAUAAAGGGCAUCACAAAGGUGGUCACCAUAAGAAGGAGCACGGUGAGAAAGGAUUCCAUGAGAAGGGCGGUCAUCAUCAUGAGCACAAAGGGCAUAAGGAGGCCGGUGGACACGACUCACAUCAUAAACAUCACCACGACCACGGCAAGAAGGGAGAACAUGCUCAUCACAAGAAAUUUUCAUACAAGAAAGGCCACUGAAGAUAGACCAGAGACCAAACGCUUCAAGGCCAAGCAUUUAGCGUACGGUGCUAGUAAAUGCCAAUUUAUUUAUUUCUUCCAAAGUGUAACUUCUCUGAUGGCGGUGCUUCUUGUUGUACUGCGGCAACCGAUAAGUUACGACCUAAAGUAUGUAGGUAAUACAAUUUAAAUUAUUAUUUUUUUAUUUAAGGUUAAAACUUAAGUCAUUAAAUUUUAUACUGCAUAAAUGAAGUGUAUUUUCUUCCUCUGGACACGUCACAAUGUAUGUGUACUUAAAAGUAUAACAUUGUUAAGUUUUACCAAA